UGUCUGUCUCCCCAGUGUCUGGGCUCGGGUUCGGCUUCAUGAGUGGAGCGUUCUCAAUGGUCAAUAUCCUGGCCGAUUCUGUUGGCCCCGGCACCAUUGGUAUCCAUGGAGACUCCCAACACUACUUCCUGUCCUCAGCCUUCAUGACCAUGGCCAUCGUCCUGCUCCACAUGUUCUGGGGUGUGGUGUUCUUUGAUUCCUGUGAGAAACAACACUGGUGGUCUCUGGCUGUGGUCGUCAUCAGCCACCUCCUCGUCUCCUGUCUGACAUUCCAGAACCCUCAGUAUGUGGGCAGCCUGGUUCCCACCUACAUCAUCGUGUUCCUCGUGGGUCUCUGGGCGUUCUUCUGCUCCGGGGGUUCUCUCCGGAACCUUAAACUCUGCCUUACCUGCAAAGACAAGGACUUCCUGUUGGCCAACCACCGGCCCAGAUAACAGAACACCACUAAAGACACACACACUGUAUGGGGACGCUAUCCAACAGGACACACACACACACACACUGUAUGGGGACGCUAUCCAACAGGACACACACCACACAAACAAAUAAAUAAGUUAAAGACAAACUGGGUCAAUGAUAUGUCUCUCCCCUUCCCCCACCAUGUGUUCUGUGUUGUUUGUGGUGCUGGGGACUGGAAAUAGGCUCCAGAGUUGUCGUCCAGAUUAAAUAUUGUUUAAACACC